CCCCCCCCACCCAACAAAAAAAAACCAAGUCGCUCUCCACUCUCCAGUGGGGAGGAGGAGGAGACGGGAGCGAUCUGCGGAUCGAAUCCAUGGCGCGGACCAACUGGGAGGCCGAUAAGAUGCUCGACGUCUACAUCUACGACUACCUGGUGAAGCGCAACCUGCAGGCCACCGCCAAGGCCUUCAUCGCCGAGGGCAAGGUCGCCACCGACCCCGUCGCCAUCGACGCCCCCGGCGGCUUCCUCUUCGAGUGGUGGUCCAUCUUCUGGGACAUCUUCCACUCCUCCACCGCCAAGGCCUCCUCCUCCGCCGCCGGGGCGCCUCCUCCCCCCCACCUCGAUAUCAACAAGUCGAGGGAGCACCAGAUGAGGCUCCAGCUACUGCACCAGCACAAUGCCCAACUCCACACCAGAGGAGCUGCCCCUCCUCCCGCCUCCAUCAAUGCCCUCAACUCUGACGUCUCCGCCGUCCUUGCUUCUAAAAUGAUGGAGGACCGGAUCAGGAACCCCAACCCUGGCGAUUCCGACGCGUCACAGCAUCUCCUGGACGCAAACAGGAUCGCCCUUCUCAAGUCACCACCUAACCACAAUGGGCCACCACCUAUGCAGCAGCAGAUUCACCCAAGAAACCAGCAACAUGACAUCAAGCCUGAUGUUGCUAUGCCACCGAGAACAGUGCCAGCGGACCCUUCUUCAUUAUUUGCAUCAGGGCUCAUGCACCCAAAACUUCCAUUGCUUGCUGCUGGACUAAAUCAAGGUGGUGUUGGGAGUGUGCCACUCAAAGGCUGGCCUCUAACUGUCCCAGGUAUCGACCAACUACGGUCCAAUCUAGGUGUCCAGAAGCAGUUGGUGCCAUCUUCGAACCAGUUCCAACUUUUAUCACCACAACAACAAUUGAUCGCUCAGGCACAAACACCAAAUGACCUUACUAGAUUGGGUUCUCUAGCACCAUCUGUUCAACCAAAUGUCCGGUCAGACGAUCCAGAUUAUCUGAUGAAGUUGAAGAUGGUCCAGAUGCAGCAGUCCUCAGGUCACCGGUCUAUGGAAUUGCAACAGCCACAUCAACAGAACACUAGAAAGCGGAAGCCAACUUCUUCAGGCGCAGCUAAUAGUACUGGCACAGGAAAUACUGUUGGGCCUUCUCCUCCAUCAACUCCAUCCACUCAUACUCCAGGUGGUGGAGUACCAGUUGUUAGCAAUUCUAAUAUUUUACAGAAGAGUUCGAUGAUUUGCGGCGCGGAUGGAACCAGUGGGCUUGCCUCAUCUUCAAACCAGAUGGAUACUUUGGAUAGUUUUGUUGAUUUUGAUGAGAAUGUUGAUUCAUUCUUGUCAAAUGAUGAUGGAGACGGAAGAGACAUGUUUGCAGGACUGAAAAAAGGUUCAUCGGAGCACAAUUCAGAGUCCUUAAAGGGUCUCUCCUUGAGUGAGGUAGGUAACAACCGUACAAGCAACAAUAAGGUUGUAUGCUGUCACUUCUCUACAGAUGGAAAGCUACUAGCUAGUGCCGGCCAUGAGAAGAAGGUCUUCCUCUGGAAUAUGGAUAAUUUUAAGAUGGAUACCAAAAUAGAAGACCAUACAAACUUUAUCACAGACAUAAGAUUCAAAACGAAUUCCACGCAGUUGGCUACAUCAUCUUCCGACGGAACUGUUCGACUUUGGAAUGCUGCUGAUGAAAGCGGCGCUUUACAAACUUUUAAUGGGCAUAGCUCUCAUGUAACAUCACUAGAUUUUCACCCAAGAUUGACAGAGGUUCUUUGCUCUUGUGAUGACAAUGGAGAAAUUCGCUUCUGGACAGUUGGUCAAACUACAUCGUCCCAUGUUUUUAGGGUGAAGCAGGGUGGUACCGGAAGAGUCAGGUUUCAGCCUCGAAGUGGGCAGCUCCUAGCUGUGGCAGGUGGAAGCAUGGUGAAUAUUUUUGAUGUUGAAAAGCAAGCCAACUUACCCUUUCCACCAAAGGGUCACAAUAGUGAGGUAAACUGUGUGUGCUGGGAUGAAAAUGGUGAAUAUCUGGCUUCUGUAAGUCAGGACACUGUGAAAGUGUGGUCGGUAUCAUCGGGCGCGUGCAUUCAUGAGUUAAGAUCCCAUGGAAACCAGUAUCAGUCAUGCAUAUUCCACCCGAGAUACCCAAAAGUGUUGAUUGUUGGUGGUUAUCAGACGCUGGAGCUGUGGAGCUUAUCAGAUAACCAGAGAAGUCCAAUCCAGGCGCAUGAGGGGCUGAUAGCUGCUCUGGCACACUCCCCCUUCACAGGGAUGAUUGCCUCUGCCAGUCAUGACAGAUAUGUAAAGCUCUGGAAGUAGGUAGAAAGGAGAGCUGGCAGACGACGGGCCAGCCGGUACAGGCGGCGUUGCAGUCGUUGCGGCAGUUGCCCACCGCCGCCCGAGGGGACGCCGCGAGCACCACCACCAAGCACAGCACCGCCGCCGCCUGCGCGCUCGUGGCCGCCAUCACCGGUCGACCACACGCACUUGCUUGUUGCAGCAGGGAGAGGACGAGGCGGCGGAUCGGAGGACGAGACGACGCCGCCGCCGCCGGGCCGGGAUGAUCCGAUGGAUCGCCAUCUCCCCGACCCUGCUUAUAUAUAUAUAGGCAUGUAUGCAUCAUGCAGCCACAAACUAAAACAUGCAGACCGCAACGGUGGAGCUGCACCCUCGGUGCUUUUAUUUAAUUUUGCGUCAUCACAAACACUAGCUAGCCUAUAUAGUCCAUCCGUUUUAAAAUGUAGGUUGUUUUACCUUUUCUAGAUUCAUAGUGUUUG